GAUGUAUUCAAAUGAUAAUCGUCGAGAGACAAUUCUUAUUCCGGGUCGUCCUGUUUUCUUAUGCUAAGUGAAAAACAGGUUUAAGAGCGUGAAGCUAUAAAUACGGUCGUCCAUAGAAGUUUAGGAAGAAGUGUAGGAAAAUAUCACGACAGGAUGCAAAGACCACAGUUUCGUCAUCCCCGCCACGGCUCGGGUCCACGGGCAGCAGGCUUCCGCAGCCCGCCUCCAGCUUACGACAGGGCAGGGAGUAUGUUUCCAUCGCCUCCGUGGGCAUUUUCUACCCCGCCGCCGCCGUUUGGACCGAGAUUUGGACAGUGUUCUCCUAAUACCCCACCGAGAGAGUUUGGUGGUAAUAGGGGCAGUGGCGGCGGCGGCGGUGGGAAAUAUUAUAACAGUCAGUCUCCGGGUCACACACCGCGCAGAUCGAACGCCAGUCCCCGAGGCGCACCGUUCAGACGCUCGCCGUAUGAGAGCCCCGGGCGACACGCUGGAUAUCAGGGUUCACCACGGACAUCCACACCGUUUGGGUCAGCGCAUGGCAGGGAGAGAGGGACAAAUGAUAUGGAAAAAUAUUACAAACCAUCAAUGCUCCAAGAUCCCUGGGCUGACCUUCAGCCUAUCUCAGUAACACAAACUCAGUCUAAAAGCAACUACAAACAAACCAAUACAAGCAGACAAGGGAGGUACUACAAUUAAAACGCAGUACAAUUCUCUAACUUCAGUGAGAGGCAAAAGUCACUGAACAGUCCUUUUUAUUUAGUGCAGCUGUAGUGCACUAAAUUUUUAAAGUCAAAUGGAGCCAGCCGAACACAUGGACCUGAGGCAGGAUUCACCAGCAAUAAUUCUUGAGAAACUGACUCCACAACAUUUUUUAAAAUCAUAUGUACUUUCGUGUAUAAAGAGACCUCCUCUUUUACUUUUAUAUCUGCACUUCAACCACAGGAUCAUAAAAAUGGGGUGCUUUUGUAACUGGCAACCUAUUGAAAGUAGUUUGCCAUCUCUGGCCCACUCCCAUGGAGUUUGCAAAUUUUUCAUUGAAUUCAGAGGAAUAUGUCUUCAAGCUCAAAAUGCAGUCUAACAAAAGAGAUGUCUGAUCAACACAUCCAUCUACCUCUCAGUAUUGACUGUGUGCUGUUAACUAAAACAGGUCAGGUCAAGUAUUUGUAGGUUUGGCUCCUUUCCUAAUUUUCUAUGGACUGUUAAUUUUUAUUACUUUUUAUUUUUGGUGACGCUUUUUUGGUUUUAUUACAAUCUAUAACUGUUUCUUUUCUGUAUAUUAAAAAAAACAUGAUCCAAUAACAGACAUUGUCAUUAUAAAAAUCCUACAAAGGACCAUUGUUGAAUUAUAAGCCUAAUUUAAUUAAAAUUUGUAAUGCAAUACAGUCCUUGUGGAAAAAAAAAAAUUGGAAGUGAAUUUUUUUUUAUUUACUAGUAAAACAUGUUUAAUAUCUUCAAAGUUAAUCUUCCCAUGGAUUUUCAAAGAUAAUGUAGAUAAAACACCAUAAUAUUUCUACACAUCUCUGGAAGUUGUAAUUCAGUGGGGUUUUUUUGUUUUGUUUUUUGUAAGUAUUACACUUUUUGCUGAAGGAUAUACCAUACAAAUCUCAUGUAAGAGGUCUAAAAAAAAUAGAUUUUAUUAAUGUAACAGACAACAUUUUACAUUUUUAAUUUCAGUAUGCUUAAAAUGUCUGCUUUUCAUUUUCAUUCAACAUUCAUAUCACCAUAAUUACUGUUGUAAAAUUACAUUUCAUCAGUGCUCUUUUUUCUUUUUGGUCUUGGUUGUAAGCUAGUUAUUUUGAAAAAACGCUUAUAAUUUGGCCUUACAUUAUUUAGCAUUCUAAUUCCUGCAUGUUUAGCAUUUGCCAGAUUGAAUGAAAUUAGGACAUUUCAUCUUGGUGUAUAAGAAAGACUCAAACAAUAGAGGCUUAUAUUAAAACGUCUUGUAUUGUAAACAUUUAGCACUCAAAGUCAGUCACUCUUUAAAGUAAUGAAGGGUUUUUUGAGGCAUCCGCCAAUGAUAUGUCAGCAUCAUUGCCCCAUGGCACACUUGCCACACAAACAGAACUAAGGGAACAAAAAAAAAUUGCAAAAGCCACAGUGCACACAGAGAUUUGGGUAAAGACAGUGGCAGAGUUAAUUAACAUUUAAAAGAAGCAGUUUUAGCUGCAAAAGAAAAAUAUUUGGUAGAUGCCAGAAUAAUGUGGAAAUAAAUUGUCAACCUCA